CAUCAAGUUGGGUGUAUCUUGUUCACUAAGUUGGAUGUAUAUUUGUUUUGAAUAACAUGAAAUCUGUUUAGACUACCGGCUGUCAACUUGGGAAGUGAUGAUACUUCCUCUCAAAGACGCACAGAACAGAGUAGUGUAACCCUGCCGUCUCAGAGCAUGUUGACUCCGGACGAUUCGAAUAUGAUGGUUGUUAGGGAACAAACGUCGUCGGAAGCGCUUGCAAUAGUCCCGAUCCAAUUUUUUGUGCCGCCAUCCCAGCAAACAACCACUGACGCAGAUUCCGAACCAACCCCUAUGCUACAGAUUGAAGGGGCUAGAGAAACCACUCCUGAAACCCCCAAACAACAUCAAGAAACAACACCCAAGCUUCCCCCAGCUCCAACAAAAAUUCAUCCAGACGCCGAGGACGCUGCUGCCCUGUUGAUGAUGGCACGGAUAGCAAGCUAUGUUCCUAAAACAGAUCUGCCGAUGCCAUCAUUCAGCCUCGGAUUGACAGAUUCAAGCCAGGAGGGGCGUCGACGCAGGAGACAGAAAGGGAAAAAUCUCCAGAAACUGCAACUAUACUGGAACAAUUGGACAGUUUGGUCCAAAAGUUAG